AUGCUACUGCGCACCCCUCUGCGGUCACAGCGGUGCAUCUCCUGCUACAGGGAAGGAGCGAGGGCCCACCAGCCCCAACACCGGAGCUUCACCGCGAUGCAGAGACCAGAACGUGGAGAGGAAAAGGGAACCGCACACCGACCUGCCGGGCAGCAGGCAGGAAGGCCCUGGGUCAGGGAGCCCCAGGCCUGGCCGCCGCGAGGGGCCCCACCCUCAGGAGCACCGCCAAGGCCACUCGCCAGGGGCCAGAGGGGCUGGGGGGCCGGCGCCCGCGCCCACUCUCCUCUUCGUGGUGAGUCAGAGGGGCUUCUGCCCCCCUGCCCCGAAGGGAGGGGCCUAACAGACGCGCCCACGGGUGAGGCUCGCCCGCGGCUCCUCCAGGGCCCGUGUGCUGAGGCUCGGGGCGCGCAGGGCAGGCAGCAACCAGCGGGCCGCGCCUCCACCGCGGGGGAAGGGUCUCCCUUCGCCAUGGGACGAGAGCAGACAGACCCAGCGCCUCACCGCCACCCGAGCCCACCUGGGGGCGGGGGCACGGGCCCUGCUCCCGCCCUGUGGACGGGGGCUCCGGGCUUGGGUGGGGCUUCUCCGUGA